AUGCCGCCAUCAAAGUGGGAUGAGGAGGAGGAGGAGAGCGUUGCGCCUCCCGUCGUCGCACCCCGCCGCCGAUUCGACGACGAGGAGGAUGAAGAUGUUCUCGACUCGUGGGACGCGGCCGAAGACUCCGAGGUAGAGCGCGAGAAGGCGAAGAAAGCUGAAGAAGUUCUGGCCGCCGCCAAGGCCAAGGCUCUUGCUAACAAGAAAACCAAGGCCCAGCGGGUGGAGGAGCACCGAGAGCAGCGGAGGAGAGAGGGUGAAGAGGAAAGCGACUUUGAUGAUGAGACCGAGGCCGAGAAGCGUGAGCGCCUGCGCCGCCAGGAGAUUGACGCCGAUCUUGCCCACGCCAGCGACCUCUUCGGUGAUGUCGACUUGAAGCGUAACCGUGGUGCCCCCAAGGCCAUCGUCAUUAGCGACAGCGUCGACCCCACCAAAUCCAUCGACUUGUCCGCCAUGCCCCUGUUCAAGCCCACCACCAAGGACCAGUUCGCUCGCCUGACCGACACCCUCAUUCCUCUGAUCACACCACACUCGAAGAAGGCCCACUACUCCCUCUGGGCGCAGGAAUUCACCCGCAGGCUGGUGAAGGAGUUGCCUAGCUCGGAGAUCAAGAAGAUUGCCAGUGCCCUGACCACUGCCAGCAAUGAGAAGAUGCGUGAGGAGAAGUCUUCGGACAAGGGUAACAAGAAGACCAAGGCUGCCAAGACCAAGGUCUCCCUUGUUGCGCAGCGCGAUACUCAGGUUGACAACAACGCCUACGAUGAUGAUGGCCUUGGUGAUGAUGACUUCAUGUAA